GUAUAUCAACAGAGUGUUGGGAGGUUACCAUCAGUAGGGUCUGAGUCGCGGUGGAGACAGCUCGUCUCAUCUGUUUUGAUUAGGGUCUGUGUGGUGCUGUGACAUGAAGUGUUUUGUGUUGGUUGUAUUGUGUCUGGCGUACGCAUAUGGUGGUGCAAUAAGAUGUCCACCCGGCACCGAAGAUAUUUCAUGCACAGCAGAACAAGAAGUAACGACGGAAUCACCGACAGAGACAGAGGCUCUGUACAGGAGAGUGUGCAAGGAAGCCACGGGCCCGAUAGUGGAGAAGUGCCGCCGCUACUUCUGUACUGAGGCCGGGGUCGUCGCAUUCCGGACAAUCCCCAACUGCGAACCUAACAUGACAGAGGUCCGCCAGAACUGCACUCCUGGCUCCCACUUCACCCAGGACUGCAACAUGUGCAUCUGUCUCGAGAACCAACUCGGACUGUGCACCGUCAAGAACUGUGGACGCGCUACAAUCCCGAAGAAAUCCGAGCUGGUAUCCGGCAAGGAGUGCGCGGCGGGGUCCUCAUGGAAGAGUCGGUGUAACGACUGCGGCUGCACGCCUGAUGGAUACGCGUUCUGCACUGAGAAGGCCUGCUUAGACCAGCAAGAAGAUACGGUGAUGCGCUGUGCUCCGGACACCAUGUGGAACAACGAGUGCAAUACCUGCUGGUGCACCACCGACGGCCGCGCCAUGUGCACCAGGAUGGGCUGCGCCUCUGACCAGCAGCCUGAAGGAGCAACUGGAACCAAAGCUCUCACUGAUGUGGCCACAAAAUCAUCUAAAAACAUAACACAAAAGGUUGUGUGUGUUGCGAAUCGCAUGUUCAUCAAAGAUUGUAACACCUGUUGGUGCAACGAGGAUGGAACCAGCUUCAUCUGCACCAGAAAAGUUUGCGUCCCUGAACUUCCUGAGGAGGGCACUGAGGAAGAAAUAUCUGAGCAGGAUCUCCGUGUAAUAAAGAAGGAGUGUCGGCCUGAUGAGGUGUUCGAGCUGGAUUGCAAUAUGUGUCGUUGCAACCCCGACGGCAAGUCGUUUUCAUGCACGCGGCGAGCCUGUGUCGACCGCGUUGACGAGGACUUGAAGAACGUAACAUUGAUCAGGAAGGCCCGCGGAGUCACACAGGAGGCGCCGAAAGCCUGCCAGCCCGGGCAGGAGUUCCGGAUGGACUGCAACAAGUGUCUCUGUGACAACGAGGGACAGGACUUCUCCUGCACGCGGAUAGAUUGCAAUGCCCAGAACGGCAACGGUGGAUCUAGGAGUAAGAGAGAGACUUCGGAGCAAGUGACGACGGAGUGCGCCCCGGGCAGCGUGUUCGACAUGGACUGCAACGUGUGCCGCUGCACCACCGACGGCCACCACGCCAUGUGCACCACCAAGCGCUGCGCCGUGCCCAACACUCAGGACAACGACGUCAACUCGCCACUUUCAGAAUCCGACCCGAACUUCCGCUGCAACCCUGGCGAGCAGUUCAAGCGUGGCUGCAACGACUGCUCCUGUUCAGCUGACGGGAAGAGCGUCUUCUGCACCGUCCGCUUCUGCGACCAGGACAUCACACCGCCGCCCAGCCUUUAACUUCGAAGGUAGCUGUGUGGUUAUGACUUCCAAAUAUCUUUCAACAAGUGUGUGUUCUUUUCUGGUGCUACAUGUCUUUCAAUGUCGGCACAAGAGCAAGUGUCCUGCUAAAGGUUAGCUAUCAGAUUGGCUGCCAACACUAUAGCGAAAUGUCAGUUUCCUGUUGAAAGUUAACUAGCAAACUUUCAACUGUCGAAAUUGAUUCUUAACACAAGAGCUUACAAUUCAAACUCCUACGCAUGAUUAGCUACCGUGUCUUGGACUGGUUUCCCUUCUUGUCUCUUCGUGUGCUGUUAAAAGUUUAGCUACAAUAUCUUUGACUGCCGACUGCACCUUGGUACAAUUUUUUUUUGUUGAAACACUGAAAUAAGUUUUUUUUUCUGCUGAUGUUUUUUUAUAUUGUGUUUUUGACACACCAUUUAAAAAAAAACAGAUUACAUCCUUAAUGCGAUAAAUACCCUUGUAUGUUUUAUGUUUCUUAAAACAGAGCACAAUUUUGUAUCCAAAUGACCAUAACAUUGUUUUUUAAAAUUAAUUCAAUUAUCAACCCAAUUAAUCAGUGUUUCAAAAACAUGCUAGAAAAUUAAUCAGAAUUCAGAAGCGAAGUUCAUAACCACACGAUACUCGAAUUUUUCGUAUAGUAAUGUAGAUACUUAGUUACAUAUUGAUUUAUCAUGUGAUUUCCUAGUACUUUACGAUUGUGUAUUUUCAUAAUAAUAACGUUAUGCCUUAUGUUUUAACCGAAUGAUUGUGAUUGAUUCUAAACUCGAUCAAAAAUGAUAACCCGGCAUCUGACCUACUCAUGAUACACUUUGAGAUCACUUGCAUAAGCUACAUUCAUCGUUUAGACAUCUAUAAACGGAUGUUAUUGAAUACUUGAUCGAGUUUUGGAAUUCAUGAUUAAAUAUAAUAGGUAUUACUUUGAGAUUUCUUGUAAGUAGUUUUAAUUUUUCCAUUAUGUGACAAACUAAAUAUGAUAUGGAAACCGUAAUAAAAUCGCAUCUUUCUAGGCAUUUACUUUCUCGUAUAGCAAAUAGGUGACUGUGUUUAUCGUAGGUAAUACAACGGUUUUUAAUGAAAGGAUAAAUAAGUAUUUUAAUCUGCUGUAAAUUACAAAUUGUGACGCGAAUUUUAGUGCAAAUUUUCUUAACCCUGUUAUUAUCGUGAGACGUAAUACCAUAAUUUAUUUAGAUGACCUCGUUAGGGUACCAAAUUAAACCAAUCUGGAUACCCUCGGUCAAUUUGGGAAGACCUUUCGCUACCUAAACUGUGAUUUUACCAGAAGAACGGAGAAGAGUUGUUCAGAUAUGAGCCAUUACAGUAGAAAUUUACAAAAAAGUUUUCCAUUCAUUAAUAUCGCGUUAGUUAUUCAUAUCUGCAACUCUUAUCCACUCGUCUUGGCUCACAUGAAUCCGCAGACUUCUACAACUUAAUUUAAAAUAAUUUUAUAUUUUUUUUUUCUCUUAGUGACAAUGGUCUUUGUGCAAAGACUUCCAUCGAAUUAUGACGAACGAGUUUCUAAGUGCACUUUUGGUUGAAUAUUCAUUUGUUUCCAUUUCAUAUUAAACUCGAACAGAUGUAACUUGAUUUACGUGUAAUAAGUAUUUGUGAACUUUCUAGGGUCACAUUUUGUGUGUGGAUUUCGUAUGUAACUUAGUAGUGACUACACAUUUAUUUCUAAGCAUUGGAUGGCUGCUUUCUACCUUUUCUAGUUUAGUAGUAAUAUUUAAGUGUGCUCUUUUAUUUGUGUUUGAUUGUGUAUUUUGCAUUUGUCAUUGUAUUUGCUGUUCAUUUUUUGAACGGCUUUGUGUCUUGUUUAGAGUUGGUUUUCGGCCCCUAAGGCUACGUUUACACCGCAUUACGUUCCCCGUAUGACUGUAGCACUUAUGUCGGGAAAGAUCCUCGUACAUUGAUUGGUGAUGUAAGCCACAUUAACGUCGGAGUUGAAGCAGUCGCCGUUGCCGAAACCGGCUGGUCACAUCAUCAUUUUAUCAUCAAAUGAGAUUUUUACGAAUUUAACAGUGACAAUUAAACGGACGGAUUAAGUGACGGAGUCUAGGCGGGAAAAUUCGGAAUACGUAAAAAAAUUGAAUCGAACAGUCGCCGUUUGAAUGUAGCCGCAGCCUUUUUAGUUCCUUUGGCAUACUUUCUAUCUUUAUAGCUGGAGAUUUAGCGACAAAGAUGAAGCUGUUUCAAAUCUUACCAGCAAAUUAAUUAGGGACAAUCCAAUAUGAGAAAUGAAGACAUACCUACUGAAAACUGUCUAUCAAAUUACUCGAUUUCUUUGUAUUACAAUAAGGGUUCUCAUUUUUCCGACGCGUCGUUAAAAAUUGCAUUCCCAAUACUGAAGAUCUUUUCGCAUCAGAGCCGUUGGAGAAGUGGAAUUUUUAUACUUAUAUUUAUCAGGGGAAUUAAAAAGGCCACAUCGAAGCGAUUCAUUUGAAAAAGCAAUAUUGCUAUUUGACAUUUGCGCAUGUAAAAGUGCCAACAAAUGCCAAAUAGCAAUAUUGCUUUUUAGAUGAAUUGCUUCGAUGUGGGCUUUUUAAUCCCCCAGUACAUACAGUAGGUACUUAGUUCAUCGUCAUUUAACCUUUCGUAUUUCAUCGUUUCUCAAGAGCGUGUUGUCCUUCUCGCAAAGUUGUAUCACCGUUAUUGGGGCUAAUGUUCUCUACAAAACCAACUUUAAAACUAUUUUCAUGUUCAUGUGUUAGUUAUAGUUAUCAUUGUGUGGUGUGGGAUUAUAUUUGAUUUAAUGUGUUUAGGGAAUUUUUAAACUAAUUUUGUACGUUCGCGUACCAUGUAUUACUUUAUACGUAAUAAACUUAAGAUUGUGAAUUAAAUUGAUUUGAGAAUA